UUUCAUUUCCGUGGGGGAAAUGUGGGCUGCUGGCGCCGUGAAAGUUAGCGGUUGCUUGGCUGCCUUUUCCGUCACUUUGAGACGGUGCUUGAAAUUGGGAGCGGCAAUGGCAAAGAGCAAGUUCGAGUACGUGCGGGACUUCGAGGCUGACGACACAUGCCUUGCCCACUGCUGGGUGGUGGUGCGGCUGGACGGCAGGAAUUUCCAUCGGUUUGCUGAGAAGCACAACUUUGCAAAACCUAAUGACAGCCGUGCUCUCCAUCUAAUGACUAAAUGUGCCCAAACCGUAAUGGAAGAACUGGAGGAUAUUGUGAUUGCAUAUGGGCAGAGUGAUGAGUACAGCUUUGUGUUCAAGCGGAAAAGUAAUUGGUUUAAAAGAAGAGCCAGGCUUUGAUGGAAGAGUCGUGGUGUAUCCUAGCAACCAGACCUUAAAGGACUAUCUCAGCUGGCGGCAAGCAGAUUGUCACAUCAAUAAUCUUUAUAAUACAGUUUUCUGGGCACUUGUACAGCAGUCUGGAUUAACACCAAUACAAGCCCAAGAGAGAUUACAGGGAACUCUUACAGCAGACAAGAAUGAGAUUUUAUUUUCUGAAUUCAACAUCAACUACAAUAAUGAGCCACUGAUGUAUAGGAAGGGAACUGUGUUGAUAUGGCAGAAGGUGGAUGAAGUCACGACAAAAGAAGUUAGGCUGCCAGCAGAAAUGGAAGGAAGAAAGAUGGUGGUGACCCGGACCAGGACUAAGGCGGUGCCCUUACACUGCGAUGUCAUUGGGGAUGCUUUCUGGAAGGAACAUCCAGAAAUCCUACAUGAAGACAGCUGACCCUUUGCUUUUCAUUACUGGUGUGCUUGACCAUGCAGGGUCCCCCAAGUCUCCUGGCCUUAGGUGGCCCUAGCAUCUGUGCCAUGCAGAACAGUGUCCUGGGAGUGACAUGGCUCUGGUUGGGAGGGGAACAGAGAAAGAAGGGAUGAAUGUGGGUGGUGUAUCUUGUUCUGCUUUAAGUGGAACACCUAUUUUUCGGUGUUGAAACAUGGUUCCUUUGGUAGAAGUACAGUUUUUUAAAAAUCGUGGUACUAUUUUUAUAAAGCAAGAACUAUUUUAUGCCUUGCAAAAUGAAUCAUUUUUAGAUUGUGGCGUAAGCCUUAUAAAAACUUGUCAAGCUCUUUUCACCUAUGAUAGAAGAUGAGCCCAAACUUUACUCUCACCCACUUAUUCUUUUUUUUUUUUUUUAACAUCUUUAUUGGGGUAUAAUUGCUUUACAAUGGUGUGUUAGUUUCUGCUUUAUAACAAAGUGAAUCAGUCAUACAUA